UUUUUUUUUAUUCACAUAUUUUUAAAUCAUGUCUUCUACUCUUUCCGAUUACUUAUGGAAAAGGCAAUGUAACAAGUUUAAUACUUCGCGUUCAACCCAUUUUAAUAAAUUCAGUCGUCAAGUAUAUGGUGAUCCCUUCUUUCUAAAUCGUAUGGUAUUAGAUACAAGUCUUCGACCUAUUUCUGAAGCACCAGUAACAUCACUAUGUUGGUCAGAACAAGGUGAUAAUUUACUUUCAGGAUCAAGAGAUGGAAAACUUUAUAUUUGGCAACCAUUUGAUUCUUCAAGACCAUUAUCAACUAGUAUUGCUACUGGUGGUCGCGCUUCCAUCUUUUCUGUCAACUAUAUAUCUAAUCGUUAUGCUAUUUCAGGAUCAGAAGAUGGAACUGUAUAUCUAUUUGAUCUUACCAAUGGACAAAUCUUUGAUAGAAUUACUUGUUCAACAUCCAACACCAUGCUAGCAAUUAAUGCCAACAAUACAAACGAUAUCAUAACUUGCUCUGAAGAUGGUAUUAUCCGACAGUAUGAUUUUCGACAAAGGCAUUCUUGCCGUACAGAUAAUGCCCCCACGUGUGCUUCCGUUUUACUUGAUUACAGCAAUUCUAGUCAACAACCUGUUGUGAGGAAUGAUCCAGUACGUGUACAAGAUGUAUCUAUCAGCGAUUCUCAUCAUUAUUUGGCUGUGGCGGGAUCCCAAAACUACGUUUAUUUGCAUGAUCGACGAAUGAUCUCAAGGCAAUCCAAAGAUGAUCCUUAUCAUCACCAACAACGAUCAUUGGUCAAACUCUUGGUUAAUAGGAAUGAAUAUACACCACCUCGAAAUGAAAUUUGUUAUGCAAACGUUUGUCGGUUUAGCAAAAUUCACAGUGACAUGAUUAUGGUAAAUUGGUCUGAUGAUGGUAUUUAUGUUUUUAAUAUUCAUGAUAGCGCAGAAACGGAAUCAACUCAUAUGGAUAAUGGAUCCAGCAUUCCUACCAUCAAACAUCGAUAUCGUUACACAGGACAUUUGAAUCCAUGGGUGAAUAGUGAAAGUAUUGGCUUUUAUGGAUUAGAUGAUGAAUAUAUUUUCUCUGGUACAGACGAUGGAAUGAUUUUCGUAUGGGAAAGGACAAAUGAAAAGGUGAUUCAAAUGUUUAAUAUUGGACAUUCUCCUGUCAGUGCACUUCAGGGUCAUCCGCAUUUACCCAUUAUGGCAACUGCAGUUUCUGAUCAUACCGUCAAACUUUAUACACCAAGAUCCGAGCCAUUAGUGACAUCUCCUGCAACUCACCCUUUUGCUGAAACAUCAUACGCUACCUCAUCACAGAUGUUUGAAGUUGAUAGUCUUAUUGAACGGAAUGAACAACUCAAGCAUGGCAACCUAUCCAAUCUCAUUAAUCAUUUGAUGCAAAAUGAUGACAAUCCUCCUCCAUGUUAUUUACAAUAGACCUUUUUUUUUAUUAUUUUAUCAUUUCUAAUGUUAUUAUUUAUAUCGUUUUUAUUAUUAUUAUUAUUACUAUUAUUAUUCCUAGUCCC